AUGAGCAUCUUUGGAUGAAAGAAGACCGUUGUUAUUUAUGAAAACUCCACCUUAGGAAUAAGCUUAUAUGAAACUUUUAUAGGAGUAGCAAGUGCAGCAGGAAUUCGUAUCUUAAACGAUGAAGAUAAAAGAAUAGUAAAAGAAGGAUAUCAACUUUCAGAUUUUAAUAGAUAUAAGAGCCUACUUCUCCAUGCAAUUAAUACCAAUGGAAAUAUAAUUAUAUUAUUUCUAAACAUGGAUUACAAUUCUGCGUUUUUUAUGCUUGCUCAUUUUUACGACUUAGGCUUGAGACGUGGAGAUGCAGUAUUUUUGUUUUAUGAAGUCGCUUAUUUUUUCUCAACAAUUGCAUUAGGUGUAGAUAAAUCUGUUAUCGAAAAAUGCAGCGAAUUGGUUUAUGGAUGUAUUUCUGUGUGGCAGGCAGAAUGGUAUGGAGACUUUGGACAAAAAGUGUGAAAAGAAUGAGUGUUAGAAAGAAACAGCUCUUUUUAUUUUGCAAAUCAAUGUCAUGCUUUUGAUGCUGGGUGGCUUGGACUAAGCGCCAUAAACACACUAAUUCAGACUGGAGAAGACUACACUGACCCUGAUGUCUUAAAUAGCGCAAUCCACAAGCAAAAGAUUAUUGGUUGUGCUGGAAAACUUGUUAUGGCACAAGAUCAAAAUGAGCCAGAAGAAAUGGUUGUUAACAUAAAUAAUGUGCUUUAUAACGAAACCACAAGUGAAUGGGUUGAUUAUCCAGUGGGGUAUUAUUCUCUUUCUAGCAAUCCUCAAUUUAAAUUCCAUACAGAUAUUAUUUGGCCAAAUGGUAAAACUCAAAUACCAGGUGAUAUGAGAAAAGAUAAAUAUGAAUGCCCUUUCCAUAGUCGAUUUAUUCAAAAUUCUUCUUUAGGGGAAGGAAUUUACAUCGGAAUCAUUUUAUUUUGAGCCUUUUGUGCAACAGCAAUUUCUACUUAUGAAUAUAGAAAAUACUGACACUCAUCACCUCCCAUGUUAAUAGAAAAUUGUGAAAUCAGCAUAAAAGAUAUAAUUACACAUCUUUGUAUUUUUAUUGAAUUUUUUGAAAUGCUUGCACUUGCUCCAGAUUUCACCUGAAUUUAUUGGAGAUUCUCUUAUAUAUAUAACUUAUUCGGAUUUUUAUCAAGAACAGACUCAUAUCAUAAUCAUAGUUUUUGGCCCGGAGUCUCAGCAUGAAUCAUAAUUUGUUGAGUUUCUUUUAUUUUGAAUGCAUUUUUAUUUAGUAAACUUGAUGAAAAAAUAAAGUGGCAUUGUAGCAUUGCCUUAAAAAGCUUUAGCAAAGAAUUAAUCCCUCUCAUAAGCAACUUAUGCUUUAUCCCCGCAAUUAAUUCGAUUUUUUCUGCAUUUAAGUGCACAAAAAGUACAAGCUCAGAGCUAUCUGAUGUUUUUCUAUACGCAGACUGCAAUUAUAAAUGCUGGGAAGGAGAGCAUUUGCUCUUAAUAAUAUGUUCAAUUUUAGCUUUAAUGGUUUACAUUCCAAGCUCUAUAAGCAAAAAUUGAGUUUCCUGCAAUCCUUUAGCCUCAUCAGAGGUAAAAAGAGUAUGGUGCUUUACUAACUACUUUUUUAUUUUACACAUAUCUUUUUAG